AUGAAAGAGAAUACUAAAGAAAAGGGCGAGGAAGAAAAGGAAGUUGAGUUGAAAAAGAGGGGAAUAAUUGACUUGUACAAAUAUGCAGAUGGACUUGAUAUACUCAUGAUCGUCAUUUCUGGCUUUUUUGCGAUCAUUGCUGGUCUUCUCGUUCCCGCCGCCUACAUCAUUUUCGGCGACAUGACCGAUACCUUCGUAGACUUUGGUUUCCUCGGCGAUUGCUCUGACGCAGAAGCUUAUGAAAAAUGCUUUCCAGGAAAUUUCACAGAAGAUCUCGACCUCGACCUCAACUUCAACUUCACAAUCUGCGAAUUCGCCGUUGAAAACUUCGACUACUUCCACGACUGCGCCAAAGAAGCCGUUGGAGGGUGCGUUGCGGAUCCAGACAAUGCCACACAGAUUUGCACGCUUCUAGAAGACUUUGACAAUUUUGACUUUCUCGGAACAAUGACAGAAUACUCUCUUUACUUCUGCUAUCUCGCCAUUGCUCAGACGCUUACUGCCGCUUUUGCUACUUCUUUGUCCAUGUUUUCCGCUCAGCGCCAAGCAAACCGGAUCCGAAAAGCCUACUUCGCCGCAACUCUUCGCCAAGAAGUUGCCUACUACGACACCGUCGAUUCUGCCGUUACAGCACAAGCGAUGACUCAAGAAUCCAAAAAGAUCCAAGACGCUAUCGGCGAGAAAUAUUCGACCUCUUUGAAAUGUCUAGCGUCCUUCGUUGGCGGUUGCGGUUUAGGCUUUUACUAUGAAUGGAAAUACUCGCUAGCGAUUUUCGCUUUCCUCCCAGCUAUUGCUAUUUCUGCUACUUUGAUGUUCAUGGUCGACAAGAAAAUGCGCCGAGUUCGCGACGCUUCUUAUGCCAAGUCAAAUACUGUUGCUGAAGAAGUCUUUUCUGGUAUCAGAACUGUAGCUGCUUUUGGCAAAGAAAUUUACGAACUUAACAGGUUCAAUUCGUCGCUAGAAUUGUCGAAGAAAAAUGGAAUCAAAUUUGCCCCGUUGAAAGGGCUUGCGAUGGGCUUUUUGCCCUGCGUGAUGUAUGUCAUGUUCGGCUUUGGAUUCUGGUAUGGUGGACAAUUGAUCCUUUUUGAAGGCUGGACGGUUGGGGAAAUGUUCACUUGCUUGCUUGUCGUUCUCAUUGGCGUCACCCUUCUUUCCCUGUUUUUCACGAAUCUUGAAUAUUUCACCUCCGCCAUCGUUGCAGCCGAAAAACUGUACCAUCUGAUCGAACGAGAAUCGACCGUCAAUUACGAGUCAUCCGCAGGCGCAUCUGUUUCGGAAAAGUUCGAGGCGGCCAUAGAAAUUAAAAAUUUAUCGUUCAAAUAUCCGACUCGCGAUCAAACUGUUCUGAAUGGCAUUUCGAUUGACGUCAAAUCUGGGCAAACCGUUGCGCUCGUUGGCGAAUCUGGCUCUGGAAAAUCCACUGUGAUUCAACUUCUUCAACGAUUUUACAAUUAUGAGCAUGGGGAGAUCCUCAUUGGAGGGAAGAGAAUUGAGCAUUAUUCGGUCCAAGAGUUGAGGAACCAAAUUGGGGUGGUUAAUCAAGAGCCGAUUCUGUUCAACAAAACUAUCGCGGAGAACAUUCGCUUGGGAUGCCCCGAAGCGAGCGACAAAGAAAUAGAAGCAGCACUAGCGGAGGCAAAUGCACUUGAUUUCGUCAAGAAGCUGCCCGAAGGAAUCCAUACGAUGGCCGGGCAGCAAGGAGGACUGCUAUCUGGUGGUCAGAAGCAACGAAUUUGCAUCGCUAGAGUUUUGGUAAAGAAGCCCAAGCUGGUUCUUUUGGAUGAAGCAACUUCCGCGCUCGAUUUGAAUUCAGAAGCGCUGGUUCAAAAAAGCUUGGAAAACAUGGGAGUGAACAGAACUGUCGUCGUUGUUGCCCAUAGAUUGGCGACAAUAAGAAAUGCGGAUGUUAUUUAUGCCCUGAGGGAUGGUAAAGUCGUUGAAUACGGGACUCACGAAGAGUUGAUUAAGAAAAAGGGAUAUUACGAGCAGUUAUGUAUGCUUCAAGGAAUGGCUCAAGAGCAGGGAAAAGAAGAAAAAGUCAAGAAAACGGAGAUUGUUGAAAAAACGAAGAAUGAGAAUGAAACUGACUUCGGCAUUGAUUCAAGAGACAUUUACACAAAAAGCGUUUUUGCUGAAUUGAUGAAGUUGAACAAACCAGAGCUAUGCUACAUUAUUUUUGGAUGCUUUUUUGCUCUCAUUGCUGGUGCUGUUGAGCCAUUCUUCGCUGUGGCUAUCGCUGACUUUAUUUAUGUAUUUUCGGAGAGUAAAGACGCAGAUGGAAACCCAAUUACAGAUGAAAAACGGGAAGAAGAAGUGCUUGUCUGGGCGUUAGUCACUGGUGGACUUGGCGUUAUACUGAUGGUUACUGUUUUUCUUGAAUACUCCUGCCUUGGAAAAGCCGGAGAAGAGCUCACUUAUCGAGUCCGUUCUCUUACCUUCCGCUCCAUCGUCCACCAAGAAAUGGCCUUCUUUGACCAGGAAGAACACACAACUGCACAGCUUCAAAAUAAACUCGCCACUGAUGGCGACGCUAUUCAGGGCGCUACAGGGACGAGAGUCGCAAAUGUGAUAAAAAAUUUCAUGACCCUACUCGUCAGUUUAGCGAUCGGAUUUUUCUUCAAUUGGAUCAUUGCUUUCGUAGCCAUCGCGUUCAUCCCUUUGAUUGGCGCCUGCCAAGUGGUCAUCAAUAGAAUGCUCAGCGGAGCUGGAGCCGAGGCAGAACGAAUCGCGUUCGAGUCCGCUCAGAUCAUCGCUUCGGAAUCAACGAAGAAUAUCCGUACUGUAACAUCUCUCCAGUGCCAAAGAACGCUCAAGAACGAGUUUGCUAAGAAUCUCGAAAAACCAGCAAAACAGCAGAGAAAGAAAGCAAUUGUAGUCGGUCUUGCGAUGGGCUUUGCCGAUUCAUCCCUUUUUCUAGCCUAUGCGAGUUGCUUCUGGCUCGGAGCCUGGCUAAUUGACAAUGGAACUUAUGAAUCAACUGAAUUCGACAACAUAUUCAAGGCUAUGAUGGGAGUCGUUUUGGAGCCAUGUAAGCCUUCAAUAAAUGUGGAAAACUGUGGUGGGGGAGUCGAACAACUUGAAAAUUGCCAAAUUAAAAUGCAGAGCAUAAAUUUCGCAUAUCCAACGCGUCCAAAAAAUCAAAUUCUCAAAAAUUUCGAAUUGGAGCUCAAACCUGGUGAAACCGUGGCUCUUGUUGGUGAGUCUGGCCAAGGAAAAUCGACGAUGGUGCAGUUGAUAUUGAGAUUUUAUGACGCUGAUGGUGAUAUUUUAAUCGACGGAGUGCGACUCAAGAGCUUGAAUAUUUCCUACCUGAGGUCGAUGAUUGGGUUGGUAAGCCAAGAGCCGGUUUUAUUCAACGGAUCUAUUCGAGAAAACAUUCUUUACGGCAGCCAAAACAAAAACAUUCCAGAAUCGGAGAUUGAAAAAGUCUGUCAACAGGCAAAUGUGCUAGAAUUCGCGGCAAAAAUGGCGAAUGGACUGGAUACAAAUGUAGGAGAACGAGGAGGAAAGCUCUCUGGAGGGCAAAAGCAGCGAGUGGCAAUUGCGAGAGCGUUGAUAAGAAAUCCAAAAAUAAUGCUCUUUGAUGAGGCAACCUCGGCGCUGGAUAAUGAGAGCGAAACCAUCGUGAAAAAAGCACUUGAUGAAGCUCGGAAAGGCAAAACGUGUCUCGUGAUCGCGCAUCGUCUUUCUUCGAUUUCUUUCGCCGACAAAAUUGGAGUUUUGAAAGAAGGGAAGAUCAUCGAGUUUGGCUCGCAUGAAGAACUUUUUGCCAAGCGCGGCGCUUAUUUUGAACUGAUGCAAAGUCAGGUCUAG